CUUGCCAAGAAGCUCAGGCUUUGGACAGACAUGCAGUACUGACACACGUACAGACAGAGAGACCUGACGGACAGAGUCCAGCUGGCGAGUCAUGGCAGCAGCAAGCGGAACAGAUGUGCGAGGGACUUUGAUCUAGGGUGCCCGUAGCUGUUUUGGAGUCUGGACGUCCUGUUGUACUGGUUGCAACUGUGCGGCUCUCCAUACAGCAGGUGUUGUUUCAGACGCGGCCAGCUUGACUAAUUUUUGGCACCUCCCUCCCCUACACGCCCCGUACCACCUCACCCCACACCUGGCUGGUGCUCCGGCCCCAUUCAGGCAUCAAGGCUGGCAAUGUCCAGAGUCCCAAGCCCCUCUCCCCCGGUGGAAAUGUCCAGCGGUCCCGUGGCUGAGAGCUGGUGUUAUACUCAGAUCAAAGUGGUAAAGUUCUCCUACAUGUGGACCAUCAACAACUUCAGCUUCUGCCGUGAGGAGAUGGGAGAGGUCAUCAAAAGCUCCACUUUCUCCUCAGGAGCCAACGACAAACUCAAAUGGUGUUUGCGUGUGAACCCUAAAGGUCUGGAUGAGGAGAGUAAAGACUAUCUAUCACUUUACUUGCUCUUAGUCAGCUGCCCAAAAAGUGAGGUGCGCGCCAAGUUUAAGUUUUCUAUCCUCAAUGCCAAGGGAGAAGAGACCAAAGCCAUGGAAAGCCAGAGGGCAUACCGUUUUGUCCAGGGGAAGGACUGGGGUUUCAAAAAGUUCAUAAGGAGGGACUUCCUGCUGGACGAGGCCAACGGUCUGCUGCCCGAUGACAAAUUAACACUUUUCUGUGAGGUGAGUGUGGUGCAGGACUCUGUGAACAUCUCAGGCCAGAACACAACUAACAUGGUGAAGGUACCGGAUUGCAGGCUGGCGGAGGAGCUCGGAGAUCUGUGGGAAAACUCUAGAUUCACCGACUGCUCCCUGUGUGUCGCUGGCCAGAAAUUCCAGGCACACAAAGCCAUCCUAGCAGCUCGCUCGCCGGUGUUCAGUGCCAUGUUUGAGCACGAGAUGGAAGAGAGUAAGAAGAACCGUGUGGAGAUAAAUGACGUGGAGCCAGAUGUCUUCAAAGAGAUGAUGUGCUUCAUCUACACAGGCAAGGCCCCCAACCUGGACAAGAUGGCUGAUGACCUGCUGGCUGCAGCUGACAAGUAUGCUCUGGAGAGGCUGAAGGUGAUGUGCGAGGACGCUCUGUGCACAAGUCUCAGUGUGGAGAACGCCGCAGACGUCCUCAUCCUCGCCGACCUGCACAGCGCCGACCAGCUCAAGACGCAGGCCGUGGACUUCAUCAACUAUCAUGCAGCUGAUGUGAUGGAGACAUCUGCCUGGAAGUCCAUGGUGAUCUCUCACCCACACCUGGUAGCAGAGGCCUAUCACUCCCUGGCCUCGGCUCAGUGCCCCUUCCUGGGUCCCCCGAGAAAACGGCUCAAACAGUCCUAGUGGUGCGGAGAGGCUCUCCUGUCCUGGCCCUGCUGUGUCCUCCUGUACCAGCGACCUCACUGCUCCUCCCUCCCAGUCCUCCUUUCUCUCCUACAGCAUCCAGACUGAAACCCCUGGCUGGAUAUAGCUGAGGGGAGCUACUCAGCUGGGCAGACCAGAGAAUUACAGGACUGAUGCCACAGAGGAGCUAUCUCUGUAGGUGGGGAUGGAAUGAAUUCUAUAAGAUCUAAACCUGGAUAUUUAUGGUUUGCAAGCUUAAAACCUUGCGUAUUCCAAAUACCCUUUGUCUACAAUAGUGGAAAGCUAAAACCAUAAUCUGCGAGUCAGUCGCGUAAAGAACUGAUCUUCUCGCCUGGAAGAAAAGUCUCUUCUGACUUCCUGUAAAUACAAUUUUGUGGCGUAUUGUCUUGUACAGUGUCUCGAAUGUUAAAGCCCAAACUGUUGUUACAAAAAGACAAGUGAAGAGGAUCAACCAACCAGGAAGUGAAAGACUACUGUUCUCAUUGUUGUUGAUUUUAACAGUGUUUGCACAAAGUAUUGUUUAUAUACAGCACAAAGAUAUCUCAGUUUGAAUGAAAGAAAACAAAUCUGAACACGUUUUAAUGUUCACUAUUUAGCCUGUGCCUUAAACCGGCCAAACACUGUAUGGGUUAAGUCAGAUUUUAGCCCUGGUUGCCCUGAUUCUAAAACAGGGCUAAAUUUCUGCCGACCGGAUGUGAAUUGACAUGCAGUUUGAUGGGGGGUCACGAUACAACAUUAAUUAACUGAACAAUCAACGAUCUGACUGUCAGAUUGGUAGGAUUUCUGGCAUGUCAGAAAUUGUGAUCAGCUGUCUGUUUGAGUUUGAGCAGUUUAACAGUUUGAUUUCCCACAUGACUGCUGUCAAAAUAUCCGUUAUGCUGCUUUUAAUAUAUUUUGGAGAAGUGUUUUACAUGUUGUGGCUAAAACUGUAUUCUUGACUGAGGCUAUAGAUAUACUGCUAUACUGUGAUAUAAAACUGAACUGUGCUACAGAACAAACUGACCAUAUUGUCUGCAUCUUCCAGCCAUCUGCAGCUCCAUAUUUUUCUUUUUUCAUUUCCAUUCAUGGUAGAAUUGCACAAAACUAGUCCUGGAUUUCGCUCAUCAGAGGAAGCAGUUGUCUUCAUUAAACUUUCUUGGAAUUGUCACUGAAAAAAAAAGCAGCUGUUUCAUUGACCCAUCCAGUGUGAACAUUAAAGUCGCAGGUUCUGGCCAUGUGGAAAGGCAGAUUAACUUGAGUAGUGUGAGAACACAACGUAGAAGAUGAAUAAAAACACACAGUGUCCACCUGGCUGUAAAAAAGAUCAUCAAAUGAUCAGAUUUUUACUCACCUGUUACCACAAUUCAUUCCCUGUGACUGAAUCAAUGUUUUGGCCUCUAAACCUAUAAAAUACAGAUGUUUUGAAUUUU